AUGGCGAUGAUGAUGACUGGCCGUGUGCUGCUGGUGGUGUGUGCCCUCUGCGUGCUGUGGUGCGGUAUUGAUGGAGUUGUGGCGGAGGGUGAUGAUGCUGCUGAAACGUACGAGGAUCCGUCGAGGGGAUUACAGUCUGCACCUCAACUCGACCCUGCAAAACAACCUGAAGAACCAAAACCCAUCGAAGGGGUCUCGAACACCGCAGAACAAUCGUUGGAUGCACAAGAGGUAAAGAAUGAAAACCCUCCAAAAGGUUCUGUCAAACAAACACCAACGCAAAAUGGCAGGAUGGAAGAAAACCUAAAAAAAGGAGAAGGAAAAAAAAAUGAGAAGAAUGAGGAAGCAGAACAAGAAUUGGAUGAGGGAGAUCAAGAAGAACCACUGAUACGUAAAGACACAACAGAAGACGAAGGGGAAACAUCUCCAGCAUUGCCAGAAAAUGAAGGACCACCACCACCACCACCGGCAGGCACAGCAACAGCACCAGCAUCUGAUGGAAAUAAACCCGGUGACAGUUCCAAUUUGAGGACUUCUGCUUCUGAUGGUGACAUUCAACCUGCUGUUGACCGUAUGCAUUCCGGUGGCGGAGCCGGUUCUGUCCCUAACGGUGGAGGAGGAAAGCAAAGUGGCCAAGGUGGGGGUUCUGGCGGAGAUAACUUGUCGAAUCCUUCUUCUUCUUCUGGCGGUAGUUCUCCACGACCUCCCACUCACGAUGGGAAGGGUGCUCCACAGGACCCUGUCGAGGAUUCAUCGCCUCAGGGAAGGAAAUACCCAGAAAAGACUGUGAAAUCAAAAACAAAAACACCUGCAGGGCCCAAUGUGGAGGAAGAUGAGCCAUCAGAAUCCGAUACUCAAAAAAUAAGAGCAGAAGCUCUUGUUACUUUUGGUGGAACUGGAAACGAGGCAAGGCGGGAGGCGGAGGACACGGACAACACUCCCAGCGGCCCACCGGUCACACCAGUCACACCACAAGCGGAAGUAUUAUCACCACCAGCAGGGGGAGUACCACCGGCAUCAGACGACACCCAUACUUCACCAGAAACCAAUGCAGGAAACUCAGCGUCAGAAAACGAACCGAAGUCCAGCCCACUGGAACGGCCUUCAGAGGAUGGUGAGGCAGGGCAAAAAGAUAAGGAGGCAGACACACAGGGAGCGCAAGAAACGGAAGUGACGCAAGAAACAGCAGCAUCACCCAUCUCCACAAGUGGCAGUGGCGGUGCCCAGAGUGAGGCGGAUGCGGAUGAUGACGACCCUCAACGGCCUAACCCCGAAGGAC